AAAUUACAACGGCUCUGUGUAAAUAUAGCCGUUGCAGGUCUUCUCCAAAUCCAAAAUAUUCCUUCUGAAAUUAGAUCCAAAGAUUAUAUUCAGACUACCUGAAAACCCUAGUCAUCCCCUUCAUCUCAUCAUUAUAUAAACCCACUAAUUCAACCUAUCAAUAAUCACUUGCUCUCUCUCUCUCUCUCUCUCUCUCUCUCCCCUCUUCUCUGAAUACGCAAUUCUUUGCAACGCUCAGAGAUUAAAAACGCGGCCUCCAAUUUUCUUUUCUUGCGUAGUGAUAUACAAUUCUUGAAUCUAACUCUCUUUUGCAGGCCUGGUUUUUUUUACACUAAUUCAUCUUUUUGCAGGAAUUUUCAUUUUUGAUUUCUCUGCUAUUUCGUACCGUUUUCAUUUUUUCACAUAUAUACACACAUAUAUUCUUUUGUGCGCAUUAGACAUAAUGGAUGCAGGAUCAAUGAGUUCUUCGUCUAUCUUGAAGUCAGAUUCUAGGUGCCCUCUUCGAGAACAGUUUCUUCAGAAAAGGAAUUCUAGGGAAAAUCUGGACAGGUUCAUCCCCAACAGAUCAGCGAUGGAUUUUGAUUUCGCGCACUUCAUGCUUACUGAAGGUAGGAAAGGUAAGGAAAACCCAGCUGUGGUAUCUUCCCCAUCUAGAGAGGCCUAUCGGAAGCAGUUGGCUGAGGCCAUGAACAUGAACCGGACGCGAAUCCUUGCUUUCAAGAACAAGCCUCCGGCCCCUGUAGAGCUCUUCCCACGCGAGUUCUCUUCUUUACCACAAGAUAAACCAGCAAAGCCCCGAAGGCACAUUCCUCAAACUUCAGAGAGGACAUUGGAUGCUCCCGACCUUGUGGAUGAUUACUACCUGAAUUUGUUGGAUUGGGGAAGCUGCAAUGUUCUCGCGAUUGCUCUUGCAAACACAGUUUAUUUGUGGGAUGCUACCAAUGGUUCUACUUCAGAGCUUGCCACGUUUGAGGAUGAAGUCGGACCUGUUACCAGUGUCAGCUGGGCACCUGAUGGACGCCACAUUGCCAUCGGACUGGACAAUUCUGAAGUACAGUUGUGGGAUUCGACUGCUAAUAAGCAGCUGAGAACUUUGAGAGGUUGCCACAGAUCCCGAGUAGGCUCAUUGGCAUGGAACAAUCACAUUCUUACAACCGGUGGAAUGGAUGGCUGUAUCGUUAAUAAUGAUGUAAGAGUUAGAUCACACAUUGUUGAGACAUACAGAGGACAUGAACAAGAGGUUUGUGGGCUUAAAUGGUCAGCCUCAGGCCAGCAAUUAGCUAGUGGAGGAAAUGAUAACCUCCUCCAUAUAUGGGACAGGUCAGUGGCAUCUUCAAAUUCACCGACUCAGUGGCUUCACAGGCUUGAAGACCAUACAGCUGCUGUGAAAGCCCUUGCUUGGUGUCCUUUCCAGGGCAACUUACUAGCUUCUGGUGGAGGUGGGGGUGAUCGGUGCAUAAAGUUUUGGAACACUCACACAGGUGCAUGCCUGAACUCAGUCGACACUGGCUCUCAGGUUUGUGCUUUGCUGUGGAACAAGAAUGAAAGAGAGCUGCUUAGUUCACAUGGAUUUACCCAAAAUCAGCUUACUCUUUGGAAGUACCCAUCAAUGGCUAAAAUUGCAGAACUCACUGGCCAUACUUCUAGAGUUCUUUAUAUGGCUCAGAGCCCAGAUGGUUGCACAGUGGCAUCAGCAGCUGGUGAUGAAACACUGAGAUUCUGGAAUGUGUUUGGGGUCCCUGAGGUGGCUAAACCAGCUCCGAAAUCUAACCCUGAGCCUUUUGCUCAUUUGAAUCGUAUCCGCUGAUCAAGAACAUGAGGAAGUACAUCCAUAUGGAGCCUUUUUGCAUCAGUAUUUCUUCAUUUGAAGCGCAAGUUAAAUUGAGAAAAUACAUAUUUGUUGUGUUUCAACUCUUCAUCAAGGUCUCAGACACGUGCACUGCACCUCUCAGUACAAAAUUCUUUUUACAACUUCCCUGUAUAAAAGUAUAAAGAGUUGUAGGCAAACAGGAAAUCCUUGUAAUUAUUUUUAGUAGUGGAUUUCUCACUUUCCCGUGGAUGUAGGC